AUGAAAGCAACUGCAUAUAUUCUUUUAUCGUUACUUGUAUUUGUAGUUACUAACUCUGUAGCUCGAGACACGUUAACCACAACUCAAUCCAUUCGGGAUGGGGAGACCUUGGUGUCUUCUGGUGGAACCUUUGAGCUGGGAUUUUUCACCCCAGGCAGUACUGAGAGAAAAUAUAUUGGAAUCUGGUUUAAAAAUGUUCCAGAUCAAACUGUUGUUUGGGUUGCAAAUCGAGAAAGUCCACUUCUUAAUUCUUCUGGUGUUUUCCGGUUCACCAACAAUUCUCUUCUUGUACUUAUGAACAAUACUGGUAGUGUAAUAUGGUCUACCAAUUCCUCAAGAUCAGUGCUGAAUCCAAUUGCACAACUUCUUGACUCAGGAAACUUUGUUGUCAGAGAUCAGACUGACAACAAUCCAGAUAACUUCUUGUGGCAAAGUUUUGAUUAUCCUUGUGAUUCCCAGCUACCUGGAAUGAAGAUAGGAAGGGACCUUGUUACUGGUUUAGAUAGGUAUUUAACAUCCUGGAAAAGUAGUGAUGAUCCUUCCCCAGGGAGCUAUACCUACCGGUUCGAUCCCCAAGGAUAUCCGCAACCAUUCCUGUACAUAGAUUCUGCUAAGCAGUUCCGAGAUGGUCCAUGGAACGGCUACUGGUUUUCUGGGAACAACUUGUUAGACUCAAAUCCUUCAGAAUUAUACCAGUUUGUUUUUAAUGACAAGGAAUUUUACUAUGUCUAUAAGCUUAUCAAUUUUUCAGCUGUCACCAAUAGACUUUUAAACCCGUAUGGGACUCUGCAGCGAGUUGUGUGGAACAAUCUUUGUGGCUCGUUUGGUAUUUGUAGUCUAAUGGAUUCUCCUCAAUGUCAGUGUGUAAAAGGAUAUGUGCCUAAAUCUCCAAAAGAUUGGGAUGGGAGGAUUUGGUCAGACGGGUGUGUUCUGAAUACCCCUUUAAAUUGUAGCAUCAACAAUGGUUUCGUAAAAUACUCCAAUGUCAAAUUGCCUGACACGAGAUCCUCUUGGUACAAUACAACCAUAACUCUUGAGGAAUGCAAGAAUAAGUGCUUGAGAAAUUGCUCUUGUGUUGCCUAUGCAAAUUUGGAUGUCACUGAAGGAGGAAGGGGCUGCUUGCUUUGGUUUGAUGAUUUGAUUGAUGUGCGAGUUCUCUCGGGUGUAGGGCAAGAUCUUUAUUUGGAGAAUGUGCUUAUACUUGAUUUAAUUCUUCCUGUUGAAAGAAACCAAAGGAUUAUAUCUGUAAUGGUGUGUAUUAUGACAUUAUCUGGUUAUCAAAGGAACAAAAUAUCUUCUUUGCAACAUAUUGUUAUGGACUUAUUCUCCGAGGUACUUCUGUCUGGCUGCAUUUUUCAAUUUGGAACUGAAGAACUUAGUUUGGUGUAUCUCUGUAUUGUAGGUGGUGAUAAGAAAUUAUGGAUCUGGAUUGCAGUAGGCUCCAGUUUGUCCGAAGUUCCAUACUAUCAUAGCAAUUAUAGAGCUCAAUAUUCUGUGGUCCUGAGUUAUAUAACAAUUAUUACUGUAUCUUUUAGUUUCUUGGGAAAGAAUUCUGCUGAACUUUCAGAGGGAGUGCUGAAUGAUGGGCAAGAGAUAGCUGUGAAAAGGCUUUCGAAGGACUCAAACCAAGGGCUGGAUGAGUUUAAGAAUGAGGCUCUAUUUAUUGCCAAGCUUCAGCAUCGCAACCUUGUGAGACUUAUAGGAUGUUGUGUUAAAGCAGAAGAACGGAUAUUGAUAUAUGAAUACAUGGCUAAUAAUAGCUUGGACCGGUUCUUAUUUGAUCAAACAAGCAGUGGCUUAUUGGAUUGGCCAAAGCGUUUUGAGAUAGUCAAGGGGAUUGCUCGUGGCCUACUAUAUCUUCAUCAAGAUUCAAGAUUGAGAGUAGUUCACAGAGAUCUUAAGGCAAGCAAUGUCUUACUUGAUAAUGAGAUGAACCCCAAAAUUUCUGACUUUGGCAUGGCAAGAAGUUUUAUUGGAAGCGAAGAUGAGGCACGGACAAAAAGGGUGGUUGGAACAUAG